AUGAUUACCAAACAUGCAGCCGUUGAUGCGGAAUCACAAUCAGAUAACCAAUGGAACGAUGAUCGCAUGCGAAAAUACAGAAGCUUAAAGAGAAAAAUGAUCGAAUUCAUCGCGAAACAAAGAUCAGCACAGCUCACCAUAGAUAAAGCUAAUCGUAGAAUUCAAGCCCUCCAGAGAGAGAAUAGACGCCUUUUGCACAAAUCCAAGGGUAAGGGUGACGCGAUGGAUGCCAGUCCGAUUGGAGACGAGGAUGAUGCUGGAGAAGACGACGAAGAUGCAGAAAAAAACGAAGAAGAAGACCAAUUGGAUGAAAAUGAAGAUGAGGAGAUGUUUGGCUAUACAGAUGAUAUGGUUUUGCAGCCAAAGAGAAAUUCAGCGUCAAGAAAACGACAGGAGAUACCAAGGGAUUCAGAGGGCAAUGUUAUUUUCCCCUUUAGUUUUGCAUCUUUGAAGGUUUUAAAUCUAGGCACCAUUAUGAUAAAUCAACCUGCCUUUCAUAACGACAGAUACAUUUACCCGCUUGGAUAUAGUGUCGAAAGAACAUACAUGAGCAUGGUAAACCCUGAUAGCCAGACCACAUACACCUGUACCGUUAAAGAGCAGGAUAAUGCACCUUUGUUCACCAUUCGUGCUGCUGAUGCCCCUUCUCAUGAAAUAUCCGGUCAAACACCCACUGGAGCAUGGUCUCUGGUGAUCAAACAAGCUAAUCUGAUACGUCAAAAAGAUUCUACAAAUGCAAUUUCUGGUCCCGAAUAUUACGGAUUCUCCCACCCACUAGUUAUCGAAAUGAUUGAAGAACUCGAUGGCGUGGAUAAGUGCUCUCGUUAUAUCCGCAGAACUUAA